AAAAGAAGAAGUCAAACAGGAAAUGUUUAGUCAAGAUCCUCUCGAUAGUAGCUACAACAAUGGCUACCAAAAGGAACAUUACGAAAUGAAUGCUCCUUUUGAUGUAUCGCAAGCAAGUUCAUGUGAUUAUUCCAUGUCACAGUUCAAAGAGGACGAACCGGCUUUUGUGGCCAAAGAAGAGGCCAGCUACAAUGAGGAGGAAGAUUCUCAAGAAAUGGAACAAGAUGAAUCACAGGAACAAAACUAUGAUGACAAUAAUGAGGAUGAUGACGAAGAUGAUGAUGAUGAGGAUAUGCCAUUGGCAGCUCGUAAAUCCAAACAACAACACAACCAUCACCAACAUCAAGAAAACCACGACGAGAAUGAAGAAGAUGACGAAGAAGAUAUACCGCUAGCCAAGCGUAAAAUCAAAGCCGAAGAAGAUGAGGAGGAUGAUGAAGAUGUGCCGCUGUUGGCACGUAAAAAACCCAAAAAAGAAAAGUCCAAGGAGAAGAAGAAGAAGCGUGUCAAGGAAGAAGAUGACUAUACUGAGGCGGUCAAACCGAAGAAGGCUAAAAAAUCGGCGCCAGCUGCAGUGAAAACGGAGACAGCUUCACCCACCAAACGGACAAAGAAAGAAAAGAAGGACGAAGAGGAAGAAGAAGUAUGGAGAUGGUGGGAAGAAGAAAAGCGUGAAGAUGGUGUAAAAUGGAAUACUCUGGAACACAAGGGUCCCGUGUUUGCUCCUCCCUACGAACGUUUACCGCGAAAUGUGCGCUUCUAUUAUGACGGCAAACCGCUGGAGCUGAGCGAAGAAACCGAGGAAGCCGCCACAUUCUAUGCCAAGAUGUUAAAUCACGACUACUGUACAAAGAAAAUAUUCAACGAUAAUUUCUUCAAGGAUUUCCGCAAAACAAUGACCAAGGAGGAAAAGGAUAUCAUUAAGGACUUUGAUAAGUGUAAUUUCGAAGAAAUGCACCGAUACUUCUUGGCCGAAUCGGAAAAACGUAAAAACGCCACCAAGGAAGAGAAACUCAAGAAGAAGGAAGAAAACGAAGCCCUGGUGAAGGAAUAUGGUAUUUGUAUUAUCGAUGGACACAAGGAGAAGAUUGGUAAUUUCCGUCUUGAACCUCCGGGUCUGUUCAGAGGUCGUGGUGAACAUCCCAAAAUGGGUAUGAUUAAGCGGCGUAUCCAAGCCGAAGAUGUGUCAAUUAAUUGUGGCAAAGAUUCAAAAAUACCCCAGCCUCCACCAGGCCACCGCUGGAAGGAAGUCAUACACAAUAACACUGUCACAUGGUUGGCAUCGUGGACUGAGAAUGUUCAGGGCCAGGUCAAAUAUAUUAUGUUGAAUCCAUCAUCGAAAUUGAAGGGUGAAAAGGAUCACAUUAAGUACGAGACAGCCCGGCGUUUGGCUAAAUCAAUUGACAAAAUCCGUGACACAUAUCGCAACGAAUGGAAGUCGAAAGAAAUGCGCGUCCGACAACGUGCUGUGGCCUUGUAUUUCAUUGAUAAGCUGGCGCUGAGAGCUGGUAACGAAAAGGAUGAAGAUCAGGCCGAUACUGUGGGUUGUUGUUCAUUGCGUGUGGAACACGUAUCAUUGCAUAAAGAGCUCAAUGGCAAGGAGAAUGUGGUGGUAUUUGAUUUCCUCGGUAAGGAUUCCAUUCGUUACUACAAUGAAGUUGAGGUCGAGAAGAGGGUCUUUAAGAAUCUGGAACUUUUCAUGGAGAACAAGAAGACCGGUGAUGAUCUGUUUGAUCGUUUGAAUACCGCAGUGCUGAAUGAACAUUUAAAGGAACUCAUGGAAGGUCUCACUGCCAAAGUGUUCCGUACCUACAAUGCUUCAGUUACACUACAAAAUCAAUUGGAUCUAUUGACAAAAGACGAUAUGACAGUACCCGAGAAAUUGUUAGCCUAUAAUCGUGCAAAUCGUGCUGUUGCCAUUCUAUGUAACCAUCAACGUUCCGUGCCCAAGAGUCAUGAAAAAUCCAUGGAAAAUCUCAAAGAGAAAAUCAGACAAAAGCGUGAACAAUUGGAUGACGCCGAAAAUGAAUAUGAGGAUCUUAAGAGAGCCGCCCGUAAAGGCUCGGUCCGAGAAAAGGUCAAUGCCGAUAAGAAGUUCAAACAAAUUGAACGCCUUAAGGAACAAUUAAAGAAAUUGGAAUUACAAGAGACUGACAGAGAUGAAAAUAAAACUAUAGCUUUAGGCACAUCCAAAUUGAAUUAUUUGGAUCCACGUAUUUCGGUGGCUUGGUGUAAAAAGCACAAUGUUCCAAUUGAAAAGAUUUUCAACAAAACACAAAGGACUAAAUUCAUGUGGGCUAUACACAUGGCUGAUGAAAAUUAUCGUUUCUAA